AUGUCCAACCAGCGUGGUUGCUCUGUCGCUACGUAUCGAUACAGCUCAGAAUGCAGAGCUCAAAUGGACCGCCCCACCUACAGCUACCCGCAACAAAGUGGGAAAUAUGAAGGUUCCAAUUCCUUGUGUAGAAAGUGAAUGAAUCGAAAACGCUACUACAGGCUUUCUUGGUGCAAAUGUUCAAGCGAGAGCUUAUUCUGAAAAGCGGACUUCAUCGGACUUUGCGAGAUCCGACGUGGAUUUACGCUGUUUCUCUGCAUUGGACUGCACCUGGCAGAAUGUCGACGAUGACUAUUUAAAUUGGGUUGUUGGCCUAGGAAGCGUGGAUCCAGCGAAGUUGGCUCUGAUCACAGGAUCUCAGUACUUACCUGGAUCUUUUGGUUGAAAAGCAAAUUUUUCUAGGGUUACUAAACAACUACUGAUUCAGACACUAGUUUUCUAAUAUUGGCUUCUGAUCCGAAGCCCUCACCUCAUGAUGGACAGUUAGUUUCGAUUGCUAUUGGUUGUCAACAGUCUGCUGGGAUUUUGAGUUUUCGCUUUUGGAGAAGGUUUGUAUUAACCGUUCAUUUUAAUUUUCGAUUUAUUCUGAAGGCUUUUUGAGUUUUAAAAAGUCACUAAAUCUGAUUUUCAGUCGAGCACGAAUUUUCGGCAACGAGCCAAAACUUGACGUUUGUACUAGAAAAUAUCUUGAAGCCGAAUUGGAAAACUGCAUGACAGUAGUUCCAACAACAAAUCACACCAUUGUGGCUAGCGUGCCGCCAAUUUUAGAGCCUUUUGUGGUUUUUUCCUAAGUUCUUACUCCCGAAAAUCCUUUCUCAGAUUGUUUUACGCGGAUACAACUUUGAAAAUGAACCAGAAGGAGGUCUUAUUAUUCUUGACGAGAUCGAGUACUCUGCUCAUGUGGAUCAACCGGAAAACUGCGUCAGCAAAGUUAUUGAUUCGGAUGUCAUCGAACCUAUUUCUGCUGAGGCCAAGUUCGAAGAAGCCCCACGGAUAGUUUCUGGGGACACUGGUAAGGAUUUUCUCUUUUCGAGCUUCUUAUUAGUGAGGGUGUUAGUUGAAUGUUCUUGAAAUCUUCUGAAAGGUCACUCAUGCUCACAAUUGCUCACAAAGCUUCGGAAUAUUUCUUAUGAAAACAAUAUUUAUCAUCGAAAAAAACAACUUUUCGAAUAUUUAAUCUCCUUGUGAAAUGCCUAGAAAAGGUAAGAAGCUUUGAAACUGGGAAACUAAGAACUUGCGCAGGUAGCGUAUUCUAGGAAAUAUCAUCCGAAAUAUCAGAGAGCAACGGAGAAAAUAUAGUCAGGCCAAAUUUAGAAUGUAAGAAAAAUAAGGUCUAUUUAUUAAACGGAAAUGUAGAGAAUUCUUCCUAAAAAUAAUGUAAGUUAUUUUUGCGGUUGCAGAAAAUAACGCCGAGAGUCAAAUUGUUUCUCAUGAAGUCGUCCUUGGAAGUGUGAGCAGAAAAUAUUCUAGGGCCUUGGCCAACGAAACAUCGUCAGAUCUGGUGGUACUGAACAAGGACGCAACUGAAGGCUCUUGCGAGUAUUGCUUCUUUCAUUUUUUUUAUUCGAUUCGAAUUUUUCAAGAUUUCUUCAAUGCCUCGCAGAGUCGUUAGAUUUAUCUUGUAACUAUGAGCGAGCAGGAAAUGGCGCCAAAGGAGAAGGAUUGAAAAACGGCUGGAAAGUAACAAAUGCUCAUCACAACUUUGCAAACAAAUUAACAGGAAUACAUGUUUCUCCUGGAAAUAAUAAAAAGCAAGUUUUUCAGAGAUUAAUGAUAAAUCAAGGCGUUUCAGACACAAAUUUUUCUUACCGCCAACUUCGGCGGUAGGAAAAAAACACUUCGUCUGAAGACCGUUACGUGUUGGAAUCUGUGGAAUUUACAAUCAGUGAUUCACCGAGAGCUUACUUGGGCUUCAAAAAGUAUAUAGCAACAAAGGGACUUCACUUGUCGUUGUGUGAAAAUGGCGAAAGAAAAAAGUUCGUUUUCUGGUUUUUUUUUUAAAUUUGAAACAGUAUGUCUGCACUGGCAGAAAUAAGAUGGAGAUCACGUUAAAAAAUAACCCGCAGAGAAGUCGGCCUAUGCCGUACAUGAGAAAAGAAAAUCUCUUAAAGGCAUAGGGGCAGUAAAAAAUGGGGUUUCAGGUGAAAGCAGUAUCUUAUAUAGUUUUUCAUUGCAAAUCGAAUGGUGUACUCAAAAAAAUUAAAUAUGUGACCACUUUAAAAGAAAAACGCGAUUUUACUUUCCCGCCAUUAAUUUUGAAAAAAGCUUUGGAUCGGCAUGCGGACAAAUGUUUACAGUAGCCGUGCACGCGAUGUUGCGGACGUCUUAUUAGACUCGUGUUUUGUGAGAAAUAACCGGCUAUCUGCUUCAAAUUAAGGGUUUCUUCUCUGAAAAAAAUUGAUUAAGAAAACCGAAAACACACAUUGAUAAUAAAGAAAACAAAUAAUCGCUAUCCCAUUCGAAACCUGUGUAAAAUCAUCAUUUUUCACCAGAAAAGCGUUUUGGCGAUCAAAGUUUGCAAAUUUACCAUGAAUAGAAAGCUUUUGUGACGAAAAGAACUUUGGUGACAACAGAAAAAAUUGAAAAUUGAAAGAAACGAAGAAAAAAGCAAAAAUUUGGAAGAUGGCGGAGCCUGUUGUCCAUAGAGCAACUUUACUGCAAAGCGCUCUUUUCGCGGGAACUCAAUAUUUUUUCUCUCCGACUUUGAAUUAUUUUUUCCCCAAAACUAGGAACUUUUGUACGUUUCCAAGUUCACCGUUUGAUUCGCAAUGAAAAGCUCUUCAAAGUAAUGUUUUGAACUGAAACACCGUUUUUUUACUGCUUCUAUACCUUUAAACAAUCAAAAUCUAAAUUUGCAGAUGUUUUUGGAGCACUUCGGACAAAAUCCAGAAAAAUUCUGCUAGAAAGUGGAAGAAGGAAAUCGUGUUUCUACCUUCUCAUGUUUCAAAGGUGUGGAAUCAGAUGUAAAAUGAAAAUUUUUCGUUACAGUUUUUUUUCAUUGCCUGGCAAGCGCAGAAUGAAACGUUAAAUCACGGACAAGUUGGAUUGACAGAAAUCGCGAUUUUUUCCGAUUCGAAAGCAGAAAAACCUCUUUGUUGA